CGGAAACUUGACCUACUUCGCUGGGUGCGGAAGAUCUGCGGGAGAGGCAUUGCUAAAAAUGGCCUAACCUUGUAUGGAAUGCUACUGAACAGGAGGGCCUGCAGUCGUUUCAAAAGUUGAUCUGCUUUAUUUGUUUGUAGUCUGAAUUAUUCUAGGUUGUCCUUGAGGUGUAAACUGCUACAAUGUUGCGUCUUUAUGGAUGUGUCCUGGUGCUAGUGGUCAUGUGUCACACUGUGAUUGGUCAGCUUGACGAUGAAGAGCGGCCAGAUGAGUGGAACCCGGAGGACAUGCCCCACCCAGUGAGGAACCCACAGCACUGCCGGCUGGGUCAGAAGCCAGGUUACCUGUGUGACCCUGAUGGCAUCCUGUCUGCCAGGAGUGUGGAGCUGCUUGACUGGCUGCUGCGGGGUGCGUACGACAACGACACUGUCUGCCCAUGCAGCACCUACUGGUGUGAGAGGACCAGGAAGGGAACUCACAUCUCAGUAGCUCUCGUCAACAGGAUGAAGCUAGCAGAAACAUUUGAUGACCCUGACACUGCCGCCAUGCAGGCCGCCAGCAACUUUGCUCUGAAACUUCAGAGCCAGCACUGGAAUUUUGGCACCUGUAACAACGAUGUGGUUAUAUUCUUCUCCCGGGAUGAUGGCGUGUUGUUUGUGUCAUACGGCCAAACAGCAGCACUGAGGCUGAACAACGCAGUUGUGUCCUACAUACAGGGACAGUUCGGACAUUACUUUAGACCAGGCGGCGACAUUUUCAUUGGAUUGGCGGAAAUGGUCAUAGCCAUCAGGCAAGUUCUCAAUGGCAACUACUAUUUCGACCCGAACAACCCAAAUGCGGAGCAACUUGUUGGUGGAACUAAUCAUGUGGCCUCUGGUGUCCUAGCAACAGUCAUUCUGGCACUGGUGUCCAGAAUUAUAUCCUGAGGAGAAUGUUAAUUUCUGUUUCAAUUCAAUUCCAGUUUUUUUCCCUCUUAAUUAUACAUUUGCAGAAGGAAAUUAUAAAAUGUCAUCUAACAUUGUCAAGAUUUUUAAUAUCUGGGACUAGAAAUUGAAGAACUGUUCAUUUCUGUUAUUUCCAAGUAUUUCUAAAUGAGUAAGAUUCCGAGGGUGAAUUUAGUCAUUUGAACAAAGAGUACCACUCAUAUGCUUUUCUUUUUCUUCUUCAAGGACUCAUUUUUUGGUUCUGAAAGAAUUUAAGGUAUAAAUGGCAUUAUUUACUGUAUGAUAUUAAAGGUGCUAGUAGUUUGAAAUAGCUGUCAGUUACUGUGGAAGUGUUUCCACUAGCACACAACAAUAAAACCAUCGUAACUUGCAUCCUUAAACAUAGCCUUCACAUUAAGACUAUCGGAACUCCAUGCUUUAGCAGACUUACAACAGUCUUAGCACUAAGACCAUAUACUUUAACAUGGGCUAACACUAGUUUUAGCGCUAAGAUCAUCGCCACUUGCACACUUGAAUAUGGACUAAUGAUAGUCUUACGACCAUACAACUACAUGCUGAACACAGACUUACAACAGUCAGCACUAAGGCCUUCGUAACCCUUAUACUUUAACAUGGGCCAACGAUAGUUUUAUCACUAAGACCAUCGCCACUUGCAUACUUGAACUUGGACUAAUGAUAGUCUUAGUAGUCUUAAUGUUACGACCAUAAAAUCCAUGCGUAUGACAGACUUACAAUAUAUAACAUACCUACGACAGUCACAGUUGUAAAAUCAGUUUAUGCAAGAGGGUCUUGGACCCUGUUGUACUGAGCUUCCUUAGUGCUAAGGUGAUCGGAACUCUGAAGGCUUACAAUAGUUGUAGUGCUAAGAUGACUUUGUGAAAGAGCUUCAUCGGAGUUAACUUUCCUCUUAUGCAGCGUGGGGCGGUGGGGUAGUCUAGUGGUUAAAGCGUUGGCUCGUCACGCCGAAGACCUGGGGUCGAAUCCCCACAUGGGUACAAUGUGUGAAGCCCAUUUCUGGUGUCAUCCGCUGUGAUGUAGCUGGAAUAUUGCUAAAAGCGGCGUAAAACCAAAUUCAGUCAGCUUAUGCAGCGUCGUCCUGAAGGAUAGGAAGUGAAACAAGACUUCUUUGUUACGACUGUAUCACCACAUUAUGAACUGUUCCACAACCACUGUACAUGCUGCACCAUGCUAAGAAA